AUGUUGUUAUUAACAACUCAAAAUAUGGCAUCUAUCGUCUGUAACGUGUUCUUCAAGACACAAAACAUAAUUCAAUUUAUCACAACUGGAUUUGCGUAUUCUGUAAAUGCAAAAUUCUCGCAAAUAAUCGGAUUACAGUUUAUAAUAAGCACAUUGAUAAUAUGUUCUAAUUUAUAUCAACUGAGCCAAUCAUCAUUGAACGCAGACAGUGUUGGGUUAAUUGGAUUCACGUGCUGCAUGUUAACAGAAAUAUUUCUUUAUUGUUGGUUUGGACACAAAAUAAAAUUAAAGAGCGUUCAAGUGGCAGAUAGCAUUUUUCAAAUAAAGUGGCCAUUGCUGAAUAAUAACAUCAAAACUAAUCUCCUAAUAAUUAUGAAACGCGCUACAAUUCCUAUCGAAUUUACUACUGCGCAUAUCAUUAGUUUGAAUUUGGACUCUUUUGUGGCGCUGCUCAAAACAUCAUACUCCGCUUACAGUUUGUUAGUACAAGUACAGGAAAAGUAA